AAUACCUAGCAAGUAGCAAGUAAUAUAAAUUGUAGUCUCAAGUAACGUCUUGUUAGUUGUUUACUUGCCUUGAUUUUCUCAGCUGAGCUGCGCGCCCAAGAUAACUUAACAGUCAUCCAUGGAUUCUCAGCCCGAACCCGUCAACUACAUUUGUGGAGAUUGUGGACAAGAAAACACGCUGAAGCCGGGUGAUGUAAUACAGUGCCGUGAGUGUGGUUAUCGUAUCUUGUACAAGAAGCGCACCCGCAGAAUUGUCCAGUAUGAAGCCCGUUGAAGAAUGAUUAAAGAAGUGCCCUCAAGAAGAUGAAAAAGGAUGCUACAUGUAGAGGGAUGAUACAGCAGUCUUUUAUGUUUUCUAUCACCUCAAGGCAGUCUAUUUCUAUAUUGUAAAAACUAGCAUUAUGCAGAUAUUUGACUUUUGAGUGAAUAUGAUAAUGUCUGUUGUGUUA